AUGAAUGGUUUUACAUUGACCUUUGUUGACAAAAAUUUAGAGAAGAAGUAUUAAGAGAACUAUUCACUUGAAUUAUUUGGUGUUUUCAGAUAUACAAUGGGAUUAAUGUCUAUAUCAAACAUUAUCUUAAGUAUGUUUUUGAUAUAAAGAGACAAAACAUUAAUAGGCUAUAUUUUAAUUUCAAUUAGCUGUUCAUGGACAUUAAUUUUUUAUUAUCUAAAGAUGAAAUAAUACUAUAUAUCCUUGAUUGGUUAUCUGAUUUCAACCCUCAGUUUAUUUGCUUCAUUUUAUCAUUUGAUACCCUUAUAUUACCCAGAUUUUACUGAUGAAUAAUAUGAAUGGAUAUUUGAUAUUUCAUAGUUCUUGGCAUUGAAUUUCGCUUUAACCCCAAAUUUUAUGUUAAAUCAAAUAUUAUAACUGAUAUGCAUAUUUUCACGAUUGUUUAUGCGUAACUAUAAUUAUAUAAAUCCUUAUUCAUUUAUUUUUGCUCUCUAUUUAAUACUCUUUUGGUAAAAAGAAUAUUUUAGACAGAAACACAAUAGAUCAUUAUUUUUAUUAAAUGAGCAGUAAAAAUCAUCUUUUUCUAUUUGGAAUGAUUUAGUAGAUGAAAAAAUAGUCUUAUUAACAUAUAAUGAACUUUGGGAGAGAAUAGAAUUAUUACAUGCAAAUAAAUCAAUGAAUGGAUAUAUAAAACUUGAAAAUAAGGAUUUUUUAAAAGAUUUUAUGGUUGUGAAUACUAAGAUAAGUCUUAAUUAAUAUUUAUAAGAGAGAGUAAGAGAUAAAACAAGAGAGUGUUAGAUAAGAGUUAUACAUAUGAUAAAGAAGGAUAGAUUUAUAGUGAAUUGUGUGAUAAAUAAAUUUGUUGAUUUUAGAAUUACAAUAAAAUUUUAAGAGUGUUAAUCAUCUAUAAUCUAAUAAUGUAAUAAUAAUGCUUAUUUGAGAAUAUUAUAGAAAAUAAAAAAGAUUAAUAAAAAAUUAUAUUACAAGGAGAAUUUGAGAAACUUACUAUAUACAUCAUAUUAUAUUAAAGAAAGGAUUGUUGAAUAGGUAGAGCAAUUAAAAUUUUAUAAAUUGAGAUUAUUUACGGAUAUUAUUUUAAAAAAAGAUAAUAUUCGUAUUAAUUUUGAAAUUAAGCAAUUUUCAACAGUACUUCCAUUAUUUUAUACAUUACUAUUCUGUUUAAUGAAAAUUUAUGAUAUAACAGACAUUUCUUUAAAAGAAUAGAAUAAAAAUAAUAUUUAAUUAAUAAUAAAUGGAAAGGAUAUGGACAUUCCUAUUCAUCAAUUUAAAGUUUGUAAAAAGAUAGUCAGUCAUUUAUUAUAUUAAAUAGGAUAAGAUGAAUGUGAUUAUCAAUAGAAUUUUUGUUGUUUGACUUUAGUUAAUCAACCAGAUAUAAUGGAGUAGACUUCAAAAAAUGAAUAAUUAGUAACAUUCAGUAAUAUUAUGUGA